ACGACGACGACGGCUGCUCAGUUUGUUCGAGAAAACUUUUACGUAGAUGAUGGACUUAAAUCUGUCCCCACAGAGCAAGAGGCUAUAAAGUUGAUUGAUUCCACUACUAAGUUGUGUGCCAAGGCAGGUCUUACACUCCAUAAAUGGAUUACUAACAGCAGGAAAGUGCUAGAUUCUAUACCAAAAGACAUGAGAGCAAAGGAUUGGAAGGAAAUAAGUGUACGUGACCCACUACCUCUCGAGAGAGCACUUGGUAUAGUUUGGUGUGUUCAGAAUGACACAUUUCGAUUCCGAGUAGAGAUGAAAGACGUCCCAUUGACAAGGAGAGGCAUACUGUCUACCAUUUGCUCAAUUUACGACCCUUUGGGUUUCGCUGCACCGGUGAUACUGAGAGGAAAGGCCAUCUUACAAGAACUUUGCAGGAAAGGUGUUGAAUGGGAUGACCCAGUUCCAGAUGAGCUAAGGUCAAGAUGGAUCCUCUGGAGGUCCAGUAUCAAGGAACUGGAAAGUUUAGAAGUUACUCGCUGCCUGAAACCUAGGAAGGAAGAGAAGAUCAAAGCUCUGGAGCUGCAUUAUUUUUCCGACGCCAGCCAGACUGGUUAUGGAGUGGCAGUUUACCUUCGGGUAGUGUACGAGAAUAUAGCACCACACGUAACAUUCGUAUUAGGCAAGGCCAGGGUAACACCCUUAAAUAGAAAAAUUACAAUACCUUGACUGGAGCUGUCAGCAGCAGUGGUGUCAGCUAGGUUGUCAUCAUACCUGCAACGAGAGCUAAGAUGUGGC